AUGGGAGGGAAUGCGGAAAAGAUGCCAACUUUGGCUUAUGAGAAGAGGAGUAGAGCCAAUGGUGGAAAAGCGCAGAUUGGGGGGAUUGUGUUUGGGAGAUGGGGGUAUUUAGGGUUUGGAGAUUGGGCUUUGGUCUUGGGUUAUUUGGGACGAAUCUGGGCAGAUGAUGAUGGAGUGAACAGAAAUGGGAGGGAAUGCGAUACUACAGUGGCCAAGUCGUUUUAG